AGAAGAAUUGGAUGGAGGUGAUUAGUCAGGACCUUUGACUUGUUGUCCUUACUUAGGAUAUGGCCUUAGAUAGGAGCGUGUGUAGAGCUAGGAUUAGGGUAGUCGGGUAAGCACUUUGGGCUAAGUGGUAGUUUCUCCUCUUGUUGUGUGCUUUGUAUGCUUGGUGCUCUCCGCUAGCUGUGUCUUUAAUUUGCCUCAUUUUAUUGGUUUGUUCUUUUCCUGUGUGUGCUUUUUGCCAUCUCUGCUAUAUAUGCCUUAUGUGAGCUGGGGGUCUCAUUGACUAACGCAUUCUCAUCCAAAACAAAAAAUAGGGAACAUACAUGAUUGUAUACCGCCAGCGCCUUGCUAAUAUGCUCUAUAGUUCAGUGAUACUGCAAUCUCUUUUAAUAUGGAUUGCAUCACUCUUUGUGGGAGGAUAUCCAGCUGUUGUUUCUCUAGCCUUAUCAUGUUUGGGCAUCAUACUCAUGUGGAUAGGAUCUAUAGCUUGUUCUGUUUUUGUCACUUUUGUCCUUCCCCUUGUAUCACUGUCACCGGUUCCCUUUGUGUCAAGCCCAUUGCUGGUAGUUGGGUUGUUUGGUGGACCUGCCCUUCUUGGAGCUUUGAGCGGUCAGCAUUUCGGUUAUCUCAUUCUUGUGAAGUACUUGUCACAAACAAAGGGAACAUUGCCUCCAUCCAUCCAAACUGGUGUGGCUGAGUUAGAUGCAGAAAGAUGGAUGUAUAAAGCUGGUCUCUUCCAGUGGUUUGUUCUCUUGGCAUUGGGACAUUUUUUCAGGAUUGGUUCUUCUUAUCUGGCCUUUGUUUGGCUAGUUUCGCCCGCAUUUGCUUAUGGUCUUCUUGAAGCAACAUUGUCACCUGCCCGGCUACCAAAACCUCUCAAAACUGUAACCUUGCUGAUUGGAUUGUUUGUACCUUUUUUAAUUUCUUCUGGCUUGGUUAUCCGGCUGGUUGCUACAGUAAUUGGAGGUUCUGUUCGGUCUGUAAGGAAUCCAGGAGACCAGCCGGAAUGGCAGGGGAAUGCAAUUCUUGCAGUAUUUGUUGCGGCUAUAGUAUGCUUGACAAUGGUGUAUCUUCUCUCAUAUGCUCAUAUUUCAGGUGCAAAGGCUCCAAUUAUAAUUACAACGUGUAUAUUGUUUGGCAUCUCACUUACCAUGGUGUCAUUAGGAGUUAAUCCACCAUUUACUGAAGAUGCUGCAAGAGCCGUAAAUGUUGUGCAUGUUGUGGAUGCAUCAGGAAAGGAAGAACCAGUGUCACACAUCUCUUUGUUUUCGACAACUCCUGGAAACUUGAACAGAGAGGCCAGAGAGAUGGGAGAAGGUUUUGUCUGCGGUAGGGAUAAGCCUUUUGAUUUUGUGACUUUCUCAGUCAAGUACGGCUGUUGGACAACCAAAAAUGCCGAAGUUGGGUGGAAUAAAUCAGAUAUUCCCAUGCUUCACGUCGAGAGUGACGUGAAGGGGAAUAGCAGCAGAGUUAGUCGCAUCCUUGUUGAUACAAGAGGUUCCACUCGAUGGAGCCUUGGAAUCAACACUCAUGAAGUAGAAGACUUCCUUCUCAAAGAUGGUUCUGAGGAGUUGGUCUCACUUGGAGAGAAAACCAUCGUGGACGGUUGGCACACGGUUCAAUUUGCUGGAGGCAAGAAAGCACUGACCGAGUUCGAAUUGACUCUCUUCUGGCACAAAACCCGGUCUCACAUGAGAGGCGCGGGAGCCGAAGCGGGACCCACCUUGCUGAAACUGAGAACUGAUGUGGACAGGCAGACACCACAAACUGCAGAGGUUCUGAAAAAGCUUCCUUCUUGGUGCUCUCUGUUUGGGAAGUCCACAUCACCUUACACCUUAGCUUUCUUCAAUGCUUUAAAUGUUUCAUUUUAGUGUUAACUACAUUUGCACUCGUGCGUUGCACAACAAGAAAAUUUUAUCAUGAUUUGUGCAUGAUUAUAAUAAGAUAUGAUGCAAUUAGAAUACUGGAAAUAAAAAAUGGGGUGUUGC